GAGUCUUUUUAGGAAUGAUGCAACAAGUUUUUCACACCUGGAUUUGGGGAUCCUCUGCCAUUCCUCCUUGCAGAUCCACUCCAGUUCUGUCAGGUUGUAUGCUGAAUGUUGGUGGACAGCAAUUUUCAGGUCUCUACAGAGAUGCUCAAUUGGGUUUAAGGCAGGGCUCUGGGUGGGCCAUUCAAGAACAGUCUCGGAGUUGUUCUGAAGCCACUCCUUUGUUAUUUUAGAUGUGUGCUUAGGGUCAUUGCCUUGUUUGAAGGUGAACCUUCGGCCCAGUUGGCCGCAUUUAUCUUUCCUUCGAUUGCAAACAGUCGUCCUGGCCCUGCAGCUGAGAAAGACCCCCACAGCAUGAUGCUGCCACCACUUAUAUAUAUUGUUUAUAUUACAAAAGGUGGCAUUUGUACAGGGGUUGUAGACUUUUUAUAUUCACUGUGUUGGGUUAAUUGAAGACUCUAAAUUGUCAAUACGGGUGAAUGUGAGUGUAAAUGGUUGUUAUAUCUGACGUGGGACUGGCUGGCAACCAGUGCAGGGUGUACCUUGCCUCUUAGCCAAAUUAAGCCGGGAUAGGCUCCUGCCUACCCUCGACCCAAAUGAGGACAGGCGCUUUUGAAAAUGGAUGAGACUUGUCGGACACAUCAGGGGACUCGUCUACAGCCAAGGCAAGAGAGAAUGCCUGACGGAUGGUUUCAUCUAGAUCACACCUUGGCAAACUUUCAGAAGAUGUUCUCCAGAGGAUGAGGGGCGUGGCCAACAUUCCUCCACAGCGUACACAGAGAGACACAGGUGCCUCUUUAAGGGCCAGCUCCAGCAGCCAACCCCAGCAGAACCCGCAGCACCGGGCCCAGUCAAGCACGCAGUCCAACACUAACAAAACAACUGCUCAAGUCAAGAAAGAACAGCAGAAGACUGAUCGCCAGCAUAGCAUACUGAGGGAGGAGUUGGACCAGAAAAGAGAGGCAGAGAAAGGGAAGGAGGAGAUGAUUAAGGCAAUUAGUCGGGACAGACAACAGACACGCCAGGAGGCUGAGAAGGCCAAACAGUUGAGUCAAGAGCUUCAGAAGAAAGAGUUACGACUGAAAGCGUUGGAUGCUUUCUAUAAGGAGCAGGUGGCACUACUGGAGAAGAGGAAUUUGGAAAUGUAUGAACAGAGCAAGGAAAAAUUCCACCAAGCUGCAUCCAAUACAGAAUCAAACGUGAGGUCUCGGAGUACCGACGCCGUAUGUCCUGACCUGCAGGCUCAGAUAUUAUCAUGCUACAAGAUGAACGGACAGCAAACUUUACGAUGUUCAGACCUGGCCAAAGAAUACAUGCAAUGCAUCAAUGCAGCAAAGAGGAACUACCUGGUCAACCAUGGAUGAAGAAGGCGAAUGGAAGCUUUUCUGACAAAAGGCUUUUCGUCUUCCUCUAAGAGCGUCAUCUUCUGUCACAAGCUUGUGUUGAAGUAUGGGAGAUUUAAGUUGCUGUUAGCAUGGCUUGUUGUUUAUUGUUCUUUUAUACUAUUUAUCUACAGUACCAUCCAUUGAAAUCCGGCUAUAAUUGUGCACUGCUCCAUUUUACACAGAACGAAAAAAGAGUCAAUAGUGGGUUUGCGGUCGGACUCAAUAGACCUUCAAAGCAAUCUUUUAGGAGAUCGUUAGAAGCUGUUCGCCCUAUUGAAAGGGUUAAGUUGCAUUCAUGACUCUUUCAUGCGCACAUGAAUGCCAACUUCAGUUUGCGUCCAGAUUUCUGCUGCUUGUGUAGCGAUUUAAAAUAAAUAAAUACAUUUGAAAAAGAUGAAUGAUUGGGGAUUGUACUCAACAUUAUUAUUCACACGGGUCACUUUCAAGAUUUGUGUUUUUUUGUUUCCCGUAGGAUGUUUGGUUCGUCAUGGCCGUGACUUUAGUACACCAGGCCUGCAUUGUAUACCGUUGUUUGAUUUGAUUAAACUCUUCCAGGUUUA